AUGGGACUCAACUCUUGUCACAAACGCUACUCCCAGUUUGGGCAAACCGGUUUGCAAUCUGGCGGCCACAUACAAGUCGUGAGAGUGACACGCAGUCGGGUCGCCGGCUCACCUCAGAGGGCGCAAGAGUGGAAAAAUCGCUUCAUGUCGAGUAAACCACACACCGUUGGGUCUAUCAAGGUGUCGGUGUUAACACCCAUUCAGGCCAGUCUCUCCUCCACAAAAACACAACCAGUGCUGACCUCCUUGGCUUGA